CAGGGAUCCGCCUACGGGGGGAAGGGAAAUUAUUUAUGGGUGAUGUCGGACUGCGAGUUGUUGAAAGUCUGCGGGGCGAGUGGGAGGCUCGCAGCUUAGAGAAGAGAGAGAGAGAGAGAAGAAAAUAGAAAAUAAUAGCAGACCGGUGUAGUUGGGGAGUCGAUCCGAUCCGAUCCGAGUCGCCCCGCCCCGUCCCUGUCCCCGUCCCCCCCCCACACAGCCGCGUAUCGACCCCCUUGCUCUCGCUAAAGCCGGACACCUCGAGAUGUCUACAAAGUUGACCUCAUGUUUCUACGACAUUGGAGAAGUUUUAUGCAAGAACAAGAUGAUUAGCUACAACAACAACAUCAACGUGGGCAGCUCGAGUGUGCCCCUGCUGGACAGGAAGGCCGUUGGGACCCCAACCCUGGUGGAUUACCAGAGGAGACAUUCCGUCGCCCUUGUCAACGCUAACUCCAAGUUCAACCAGAACCAGCUGCUGAAUGGCUUCAAGCUGGAGCAGAGCGGGACAGCUGCUGCCGGGCCUAACAAGGAGAACAAAUUCCGGGACCGCUCCUUCUCGGAGACGGGCCUGCAGAAAGCCCAGAACCAGGUCAACUCCAGCCGCUACAAGACUGAACUCUGCCGCCCCUUCGAGGAGAAUGGCUCAUGCAAGUAUGGCGACAAGUGCCAGUUUGCUCAUGGCAUCCACGAGCUGAGGAGCUUGGCCCGGCACCCCAAGUACAAGACUGAACUCUGCCGGACCUUCCACACCAUUGGAUUUUGCCCCUACGGCCCUCGCUGCCACUUCAUCCACAAUGCGGAGGAGAGGCGCGUGUCCCCCAUUCACGAUCAGCAGCAUCUCCCCCUCUCCUCCUCCAACAAGAUCGACAGGCCUCGCCUGCAGCACAGCUACAGUUUCUCUGGCAUCUCCAGUUCCUCCAGUGGGCUGCUGGACAGCCCCACCUCCAUCACCCCUCCGCCCAUGUUCAGCUCUGAGGACCUCAGCUCCUCGCCCACGCUGCCAGACUGCGCCAGCAACCCCUUCACCUACUCGAGCCAGGAACUACCCAAUCUCUUCGCUCCCAGCAUUGGCAUCCCGGUUCCCAUGACCGCCGCUAACAACGGCGCCCACUCGCCUUCCUUCCUGCUCCGUUCUUUGGCUGAGUCGCCCCAUCUCUACGAGCCUCCCCCGAGUCCUCCAGAUUCGAUGUCCGACAGCUACCUGAGCAGCUCUGGGAGUGUGAGCGGGUCAGAAUCUCCGACCCCUGACCUCAGCAAGCGUCUCCCCAUCUUCAGCAGACUCUCUAUUUCGGAUGAUUAACUUGACCUUUCUCCAGUGCUGGAAGAAGCAGGGAGCUAUCAAAAAAACAAGUGCCCCUAAAUCUGAGUUAGCAUUUAAGACAAACUUUUGUGAUUUCCUUUUUGAAAAAAAAGUCCAGGUAGCCAAUUUUUGACACACAUAUCCAAGGGUUAGAAUUGACUUGUCAAACCCAAACUCACCAACUACGUGCAGUGUCAACUGAUGACCUUCAAUGUGUUUACCUUCAAGUUUUCAAUUUGAUAGCAAGGGGGACAGCAAUGACUGCAUACCUAUCUCUCAUUUUUAAUAAUUCAUUCAGAUUGUUUUUGUUUUGGAAAAAUCAGAAUGGUCAAAAAUUUUUUAAAUACUUUUUUUUUCCCCUCUCUCUCUUCCUCGUCCUGGACCUUACUUUGAUUGCCCAACAAUUUUGCAUUUGGAGGCAAGAGUCAUCCUGGGAAAUCUGUAGUUGAUUGGGGAUUGGCCUGGGUGAGUCAAGGCACUUUGUGACAGGAUCUGAAGUGAAUUUGUUGUCAAAACACCGACCUAUCUGCCUGGUCUUAAGUUCUUGAGUGUGGUUUUGAGAAUCUUUUGAAGAGAGUAUUUUUUUAAAAAAGAGAACUGAAUGGUGUAAUUUGUCAAAUCAGACCUUUAAUGUAGCAAAACAGAAAUCUAUAUUUGAUGUCCAUUUAGCUAUAAUUUACCUUCUCCCUCUCUUAUUCCCCCCCCCACCCCACCCCACCCCAAUCCUUUGCAAUGGCAGCAUUGAGCGUGUCUUAUUUUCUUGUGCAAGGUGGUGGGGUUGUGGAUACAAGUUGAUUUAAGACUUUGUUGCCUCAUGCAGAUGGGGCCGGGCACCAGGAGACAUCUAGCAUCUCUCUGCGCCACCUCCCUGUUUCUCCCUGUACCCCAACCCAAACUUCCUUCCUUGCCCACCUCUCUGGAUCCCUUGUCCCAACCCCGUGCAAUUUCUCUUUUUAGGUAUUGACAGUUCCGAGGGACUGGAGUUAAUUUGGGGGUGAUUGUGAAUAGGUGCAAAUGUGAAUAGGUGAGACAGCGCACAGGCCUUGGGAUUAAGAAAUUAAACUGUGAGGGGAGUUGGAGUGGGGAUUAACUGACCUGGGCAGGCAAUUACUGCCAAAUUUUACUUCUGUCAAAUGAAUGUGGUGCUGUUAGAGUUCUGGCUGCCUUGUUUUUUUUUUGUUCGGUUUCGGUUGUCCAAAUUGACCAUGGUAAUUUGUUUUUUAAAGUUUUUGAUUGGUUUGGGUGGGGGUGGUUUGAAGAGUGGAGUUGGAAUGGAACUGUGAAAGUUUCUUCAGCAAGUGUUUUUUUUUUAAAUUAUAGUUUUUGUCAGUGAGUGAGAGAGAAAUAGUUUAACCAGCUAGCCUUGAACUUUGCCAAGUUAGUUGAUUUUAUUUCUUUGUUUUCCCACCCCCAUUUUAAAAACAAAAUCAGCAGAAUGUUAAACGAUUUAAAAAUAUCGCUUGUCACUGCACACACAUACACACACAAAAAAAAUUGCUUAUUUAACUUAUCAAAAACAUAUUUAUUGCCAAACAUAUGCAUUUUUGUUUGUAUUUAUCACAAUGACGAACCAUAGAAAUAUAUUUUUCUUUUAUGUUUAAAUUAUGAUCUUAUUAAUCUGAAGAUAGAGGUUUUCCUUCUUCUUUUGUUUCCACAGUUUAAUAUAUUAUACUACAAUGACGAGGGUUUUUGUAACGUUACUCUUCAGUUAUUUUAUUUAAUAAAAAAAGUAAUUUAAAAACACAAAAACAUUUUGAAUUUAUUUAUUUUGUAGUUUCCCCCCCCUGCCCGCCACCUUUUAAAAAGUAAAAUAAAUCAAUCUUCUCAUGUAUUUUUAUGGCAGCUGUGCACUCACUGCCUUUCGACUCUUGUUGCUAACAGCGGCCUAAUUUUUCUUUAGGCCCUUUGACUUCCAUGAUACAAGAGACUGUUACGAAGGUGUGGGCUCAGUACUGUGACACAAAAGUGCCUGCCUGAACACAUUCCAAGCAUUGAUGUAUGCUUUCCGUGUAACUAAUAAUGCUUUCUUUUUAAACUAUAGGCCCUGGUCUCUUCCUCAGAGAGACAACCAGGAGUUGGCACACAGGGAAGUUGAAUGUAUUUUUCCUUCACUGUUCACUACAUGGUUAAUUUUCUAUGUCUGUUUAUACAGAAUGCUUUUUGUAAUGACUGGUUCAAAUGUAAAUCAAUAAAACCCCAAUGGUUUUGUUUUCCAAA